AUGCCGGCCACAGUCACUACUGCCACGGUCACCAAGGAGGCGUGCCCGGCACCGCCCUCGAAAGAUUUGGACAUCAAGACAGGAGGAAAGGAGGACUUCUUCUGGACAUAUACCGAAGAACCACACCGGACACGACGACAGGCGAUAAUCAAGGCACACCCUGAGGUUUUGAAACUGUGUGGCCCCGAGCCCUUGACCAUCCCCAUCGUCUUGGCCGUCGUCGCUCUCCAAAUCACCUGCGCCUACCUCCUCCGCAACACACCCGUCCUAUCAUGGCGCUUCAUGCUCACUGCAUAUGCCAUUGGCGCGACUGCCAAUCAAAAUUUGUUCCUGGCCAUACAUGAGAUAUCACACAACUUGGCGUUCAAGUCGCCCGCGGCGAACAGACUCCUUGCGGUGGUCGCGAACCUGCCAAUUGGCAUUCCAUACUAUGCGUCUUUCCGACCAUAUCAUUUGACACACCACAAGUCGUUGGGCGUGGAUGGACUGGACACCGAUCUGCCCACCGCAUUGGAGGCCUGGUUCCUCGACUCGGUCGGAGGCAAGGCAUUCUUUGCGACUUUCCAGAUCCUGUUUUACGCCCUCCGCCCAAUGAUGGUGUACCAAAUCCCAAUGACAGGCAUCCACGCCUUCAACGUUGCUGUACAGCUGCUCUUCGACUUUGCCAUCGUCAAGUCCUUCGGCUGGCACGCGUUGGGAUACUUCAUAAUGAGCUCCUUCCUCGCCGGCUCGCUCCAUCCGUGCGCAGGGCACUUCAUCGCCGAGCACUACGUUUUCGGCCAGAUGCAACGAACCAAGGAAGCCGCGGCUGCACCCUCUGCGAAGAUGGCUCCUCCACCAGAGACAUACUCCUACUACGGCUGCUUGAAUCUGCUAACCUACAACGUCGGCCUUCACAACGAACACCACGACUUUCCCGCGAUUCCGUGGUCUCGGCUGUGGAAGCUGAACGAGAUUGCGAACGAGUUCUACGCCGACUUACCCUGCCACCACAGCUGGACGUGGGUGAUUUGGCAAUUUGUUCUGGAUCGCGAGGUCGGCUUGUGGUGCCGAGUCAAGAGAAAGGAAGGAGGGCGGAAAGUAGGAGAUACCAAGUCGCAUGCACAAAAGGUGGACAUUGUAUUAUAG